UCGAAAACCAUGAAAUCCUUGUAUGCUGCUCGAAUAAUCACAGGUGUUCCAAAGUUCAAUUGUCACUCUUGCAAUAACAUUCCAGCUAGAACCAAUCCUGCUGUACCCGUAUUCAAUUUCUUGGUUCCAUCGCAUCCAAUUGUCAAAAAGAGUGUUCUUUUCCAGUCAGAAACAGCUCUUAAGAUCUCAGUCUGCUUCAAACCCAGAAACCCAAAUGGAUGAAGAAGAAGACCCAGAUGCCCAAGUUCAGAACUUGACUGUCCCAGAACAUUACUUGGUCCCUUCCACGGCCUUGGAGGAAUCAGAGUGGCUAAGGGUGACUUUGCAUAAGUGGUUGGAUGAUGAGUACUGCCCAGAACCAACCAAUGUGGAGAUCAGCAAGAUUGCUGCUCAAUCAUACUAUAAGGCUUUGCUUGAGAAACAGACUGUUGGUGAGAUUUCGUUGAAGAUGGCAAUGGAAUUGGAAACCAUUUCUUAUCAGGAAAGCUUUCAUGGGGCUUUCUCAACAGCCAAUGCAGCUGUUAGUUUGAUUGCUCAAAAGAUAGAGCAGGCCUAGUUGUCAAGACCCAUUCAAGGUUUUCGCUUUUCGAUCACUAGAAUUAUCCUUGCCAUUUGGGAAAUUCAAAGUCUUGAAAGAUGUAAAACCUCCAUCUACAACCAAAUUAUGGCCACUAACAUAUUUAGCGUCAUCUGAAGCUAGGUAAAGUGCUGCAUUGGCGAUGUCA